AAAAAAGUACAGGUACCUAAAAAAUAAUCACCUAACAGAGAAAAUCUUCGAACAUUCGACUGGAUAAAUUUAACAGAACGACAAAAAACACUUCGCGCUAAUAUACGUACAUACCUACCUAUAGGGUUUUUACAAACAUGUUCAUCAUCACUACACAUACAAUUACAUAGGUACAGUUAGGGAUGAUCUCGACCGUCCCAGAUCUCGAACGGUCGGCGAACGUCUUAUUAUAGACACAAUGUUCUUCAGUCGGCAAAUGUUUCAGGCGCGUCAAUCUUUAUCCGGCAUCCGGCAACAGCGUGAGCGGCUUUUGUUUAAGUAUUUUAACUACAUACUUGCCGUCCGUGGUUUAAAGUAAGAGAGUGUACACUGCGUGGUAACAGUGAUGGAGGAGAAAAAUCAGCGGCACUAUGAUGUCCUCCAGAACGAUAGAUAUGGACGUUAUUUAGUCGCCAACAAAGAUCUUGACAGCGGAGAGUUGAUAUUUACGGACACACCAUUCGCUUUUGGCCCAAAACCAGAUACUUGCCCUCUAUGCUUGGGCUGCUACGCCGCGGUGGAGGGUCGUCUGUGCUCCAAGUGCGGCUGGCCGGUGUGCAGCGAGGAGUGCGAGGCUGCGCCCGCGCACGUGGCCGCGGAGUGCGCCGUGUUCAGCGCGGCCAACGUCCGCUUCCAACCCGUUGAAGAUUGGACGGCAGCGUCGAUCCAACUCGAUUGUAUCACGCCGUUAAGAGUACUUUUGGCAAAAGAAAAGGACCCAGAGAGGUGGGAGCGCGAGGUGUCUUCCAUGGAGGCCCACACGGAGGCGCGCAAACAGCGGCCGACGUGGGCAGCAGACCAGGUUAACGUGGUGGACUUCCUCAUCGACCACUGCAAGCUCGGCGACCGAUUUGACAAGGAAUUGGCGCAGCGCGUCUGUGGAAUUCUUGAGGUAAAUUCCGUAGAGGUUCCAUCGCGAGGAGGCUUCAGCAUAAGGGCCAUCUACCCGCGUCUGGCCAUCGCGGCGCACAGCUGCGUCCCUAACAUCGUGCACUCAAUUCUACAAAACGACUAUGAGGUUCGCGUGAGAGCAGCAGUCCCGAUCAAGUCCGGAGACAUGUUGCAACUGUGCUACACCUACGCCCUGUCGCCUACGCUAGUGCGACAAGAUUACCUUUUAGAAUCCAAAUUCUUCAAGUGCGAGUGUGCACGCUGCGCUGAUCCUACGGAGCUGGGAACGCAUCUCAGCACGCUCAAAUGUCAGAAAUGUGACAACGGCGUGAUAAUGGCCUCAAAUCCCUUAGAUGCAGAAGGGGAGUGGAACUGCACAGAGAAGAAGUGCGAGUUCAAGACGUCGUCUGCGGCGAUGCGCAAGAUGCUGGCAGUCGUACAGGCGGAAGUUGACCAGCUGGACGCACUGCCGCCCGGCCCACAAUCCAUCGAGCAGAGAGAGGCCGUCCUCAAUAAGUACAAAUCGGUGUUUCACCCACGUCACUCGCUGCUGAUAUCUAUCAAGCACGCGCUGGCGCAGUUGUACGGACGAGUGGAGGGAUACGAGAUAGACGAGCUGCCCGACAUAGUGCUCGAGCGAAAGGCGGAGUUCUGCCGCCUUCUGCUUACCACCCUCGACGUCGUCAUGCCUGGGGAAUCACGCAUGAGAGGUAUGAUGCUGUACGAGCUGCAUGCGCCAUUGAUGUUUUUGGCUAGAAGUGAAUUUGGCGCAGGCCUCAUCACUCAGGAGAAAUUGAAGGAACGUCUGCAAGAGCCCAUUAAGUGCUUAGCGGAGGCCGCGCGGAUACUGUCCCGGGAAGACCCUCAUAGCCCCGAAGGAAUCACAGGACAAAUUGCACACCAAUCUAUGGAACAACUAAAAGCCAGCCUUGAAUCUUUGUAGAUUUCUGUGAAGAGGUAUCAUCAUAACAAAUAAAUAAUUCAAAAGACAAUUUAUUAUUAUACAUAGCAUUUUUUAUUAUAAAAUUUUCAACAAUAAACGUUUUUAAAAUUUGAUUUUUUUGGGCUUUCUUGUUCCACUCUCUGUCUGUGUUUUAACAGUUCCCUGUUGACCAAUAUCUUCUAUGUUAUUGUCACUGUCUAGAGUUUGAAGUUUAAUACUGGUUUCUGCUUUUGUUGUAUUUGCCUGAAAUGAUUGAAAAAUAUCAUUAACAGUGCAUUAUUUUAAAAUUAUAAAAAAAUACGUAAGCAAAAUAUUUCGAAUUUUGAUAGUUUUGUAGUCUUAUGUGAAGAAAUAGUUUGUUGUUAUAUGUAUGUAUGUAAUAUUUAUAAUUUGCACUAACUGUAGGACAAUCUUUCCUUAAGUGUGUUACAUCUCCACACAAUUUGCAACCACCUCCAUUAGGGUACAAGCCUUUUGGGUUAUCAGGACAUUGUCUUGCUAUGUGACCCUGGAAUUAAUAUAAAGAAAUUAGAAAAAUUAACUACAGAUAACUAUUGUUAAUGAAUUGUUCUAGAAAUACUAACUGGUUGUCUACAUAUAAAACAUGUAGCAAACUUGAAUUCCAUGUCUUUCUGUACUUUACAUUCAAACUGCUUAUGUUCAGUUGAACCACACUUAAAACAUACUCCAUCGGCAGCAUCAACUCCUGGUAUUUUGGAUUUCAAAUCUGGACAAUCAGACAGGUUAUGACCUCCCUUUCUACAAUUGUAGCAAACAUCUCUCUUUAGUCUGGAUAGUGCUUUCUCAGCACGACGCCUCUCUAGCUUCAUGGUUCUCUGUACUUCACUUUUAGGAAUUCCCUUUUUGAUCAUAUUGUUUUUUAAUUCCUGCAGCCGUUCUGCAUCUUUUUUCAUGAUUGGGAAACCAUCAAAUCUAAUCAGUUCUACUUGUUUCCCAUUAAUAAUUAGUUCGAAACUAUUAUCAUUGAUUUCCUUUCGUCUAACUGGCUGCCCAUUUAACAGUUUUUUCUUUUUUUUCUGAUUUUUGAUAGACUUAUUGUGCUGAUUUGUUUGGUUAGAUUUCUCAGUUGCAUUUGUACUUGCUUCAUUAAUAUUUACUUUGUUAGAGUUAUUGUCCUCCGUCUCACCUUGAACAGUAGCUUUAGAUUUUUUAUUUUUCUUACUACUACUUUCUACAUUCACUUCAAGGGUAAUGGAAUUAUUUUCAUUCUUAUUCAUCUUCUUCUUUUUUUUCUUUUGUUUUUUAUUCAUAUCAGUAAUAUUGUUGCUAGUUUCAUUUGAGUUCUUGUUUUCUGUUGCCUCUGAUUUAGAUAUAUCUUCCUUAGAUUUUUUCUUCUUACUUGGAAGUUUAGCUACUUUGGCUUUUUCUGUCUCAGGAAACUCGCACCAGGUAGCUUUCCUUUUCUGUGUUUUCUGUUCUUUGAGAAAAGUUUGAUAAUUCUCUAAUCUUUGCUUUUCAGCCUGAAAUGCAAAUAAAGCAAUAUAAUUAUUAAAAUAUAGGUAAUGAUUUUUUUUAAUUUAUGUUUAAACUGAUGGCC